AACCCCUAUGACCCAAAACACACACAUUUCACUAACGACAGCUGCUGGAGAAAAAGAAUCUCCAUUGUUACACUAUAGUCUAUAGCACUUGCUACUUCAUCUCCUCUCCCUGUUUUCCACUUUUCGUAUUGUUUUAAUAAAAUCAAUCAAGUAAAAAUAGUAUUGCUACUAACGAUCUAUCUGAUCCUUGAAGAGCAAACAACGAAUUCUUAAGAAACAUUCUCUAGAUUCUUGGGGUGUCUUUUUCUUUGUUUUAUUGAGUGGAUAGAAGAUGAUGGAAUGAGGAGUGAAGAGAAGAGAAAGUGAGUGGCGAUGGCAAGAGCAGUAGAAUGGAGAGGAAAAUGGUGUUUAUAUAAGCGAACUAUGAUUGUUAUUUGCUCAAUCAACAUAUUUGUUGCUCUCUAUGUGCUUCACUCUCUCUACACUUCUGUAUAUAUGUACCCUUACAAUCAUACUCAAACAGCUUUUAGGUAUACCUCAGAUCAGAUUAGGAAAAUGGAAGAGUCAAUUCAAUUACGGAAACAACUAGAACCUAUAGAACUUAUUAACGUGGUAAAUCGCUUAAAGAUCGAACUUUUGAAGGAUGAAAAGGUGCAACAAAUACCUCAGCAUAUUAAAUGGAAGAUAGCAGACGAGAUACUAGUAAUUUUAAAAGCUGUGAAUGCCAAUGCCGAUGCAACGAUGCUACAAGAUGCGGUGGAAAGUUGGCGAAGAGAAAAAUUGAAUGAAGUUGCAGAAAUCAUUCAUGAGAAAACAUCAAAUUCAACUAUUUCCCCAGAGGAGGCUAGUUUACUUGCACGAGCUUUGGAGGAUGACUGGGGUGAGCUGUCUGAAGAAAUUGGUCUCUGGAUACCUGUUCAGAUCACUAAUAAAGAACAUGAUGACAAACCUGAGGGUGAAGAGGAACUUGAUGAUGAAGUCAUAGCUGGCAAGCAGCUUCCUCCCGAGUGUCAUGCUGAACUCCAUACUGAUUACGGUGGUGCUGCUGUAAGAUGGGGCCUUACACACCAUAAAAAAUCUGCAUAUGAGUGUUGCAUGGCUUGUUUGAAUCAAGCUAAGCAUGCCAGACCUAAUCAAAAGAAAUGUAACAUUUGGGUUUACUGCCCCUCAGAGACAGGAUGCCACUCUCCGGAUAUUUAUCAACACAAGCAUCAGGAGUGUUGGCUAAAAUAUGCAGAGACACCUACGUUGAAUUUUAAGGACCGCUAUCCUGAAUCAUACAGAAAUGCUCACCCAAAUGCACCAGUAAUUGUUCCAUGGAUGUCUGGUGUUGUCAGUGUAUAAAUUUGUCACUAACAAAAUAGACGAUACGCCUUGAAAUCUUGUUGCUUCCACUAUAUGAAGAUGUUGUAACAUUGUGGCAAGAAAUCAGUUUUCUCGAGUUGCAGUUUCUUAUGGUAGAGCUGCUUCUCUUCUUCUUGUUAUUGUUUUGUAGGAAGAUAGAUUUGACCAAAAUCCGAGGUCUAUCGGAAACAGCCUCUAUCUCUAUAAAGGUAAGGGUAAGGUCUGCUUACAUACUACCCUCCCUGGACCCAUUUAUUGGGAUUACACUGAGUUUGUUGUUGUUGUUAUAGAUUUUACCAAAAUAAAACUUUGUUUUUGUAUCACACAGUGAUUAUAAUUUUGGAGAACUGGCGAAGAGCUAAAUGAUUGUGUUAGUGGUGAAA